AUGCCGUUACCACAAAAAGUGGUACAAUGGUUUGAUGAAAUAAGGAUUCUGGAUGGUGGUUUCGGCACGGAAGCAGCAAUUCGAUCUGAUUAUGAGAUUGAUGCACAUAAGGCUUGGAGUUGCUUGUUACUUCAAAAUGAUCCUUCUCUUGUAGUGGACAUACAUAAAAGGUUUGAAUUAUUGUUCAUAUUAAAUAUGUCAAAAGACUUUCUUAAAAUUUUACAUUUUCGUCGCGCCUUAUGUGCCGGGGCGGUAUCGGCUGGGGAAUGGUUUGAGAUAAUUCCAUAAGUUAAGCUUAGUCUGACUAGUCAGACUAAUUUGACUGAAUUUGAAUUCAAUCAUUUAUCAAAAGACAAGCAAAGUAUAUAGUACUUAACUGUACGGUCAACUAAUUAGUAAUACCUAUGGCGUCGUCAUUUUUUUUCAAAUGGUAUAUAGCAGUUUCGGUCAAAAUCAUUUUGAACCGAUAAGUACAUUGGAUCCUAAAAAUUGGCUUGACUAUGGCUAGCCGAGACCAUACUAACGCACAUUUAACCUGCUGUGUCUCCAGGUUCAAUUUUUGUUGUCGCACUUCGUCAUUUCAUGCAGAUCCAGCAUCGGCUGUGCAAUUCCUAUCAGUCGUGCAAGCAUUUGGCGAAAAUACAAACAAAAAUUUCGACAACCGCUGUCUACGCUAACUUGAACAACCGAAUAUAUAGCGUUUGUGGCAAUGAACGCUCCAUACAUUGCCCUUUACCCGGCUAUUAUAUUUUAAGGCUGGCAUUACUAAUAUAAUUUUCUUGAAUUUCAACCUCGUUUGGAGGUUGACUUCAUCUUGUCGAAUCACAGUAUGUCACCUACCGCCGUAAAUCUUAGGAGGCUCUUGUGUUAUCGGGUUUACUAGACAAACUGAAUAAGUAGCGGCUGUAGGUCAGGGAAUCGCUCGUAUCCACAACACCGGCCCUUGACAAGCCUGGACAAAGUGUGCUGGCAAGAGCCUUUGGGUAAUCCAAAAAGCAGAACGGAGGUUAUGUCGAGCGAAUUACUAGAGGUACGGUCUCCUGUAGUUUAUAAUUUCGCGUAGAUAGUUUCAUUUAUCACUCGUGCUGGGCAUCAGGUGAAGCCUUGGUUGUAUGACGAGCAAAAUUUGCUUGCCUUAGAGCCCCUGCGACAUGAUCUCUUCAGGGGUAGCAGAUUCGACAGUUCCAUGCCCGGCAAAGUUGGAAGGUAUUACCAUAGCGUGAUCUACCACUGCUUAUUCGUUUAACCCAGACGCCUGUCCUUUCACAAUUGCCCUUCACUAGUAGCCGAUCCACCAUUCCCAAAUAACUUACAGCUAGGCUGACAUUGAUAAUCAUUCAGGAUUCCUAUUUUCCUGGAACAGUAUGAGUAGACUAGACGUCUCCUAGGCAUAACAUCCCUGAUGGUAUACUGGCAGGCAGGGGGGAAAAGGGAUUAGAGGCAGCUUCUUUCGUUCGCUGCGUGGUUAUUAAUUUCGCAGUUGAGCCUAGUGAAGAACAUUAUUAGAAAUCAGUCAGAAACCAAUAGUUGCACCAAAUGUAGGGCCAUUUGCUCUAAAUUUUGUUUCAACAUGAAAGGUCCCUUUGAAGUCAUUCCACGACCAUUAGUUUGUUUUCCUGUCGAUAUUUCUGACGAACCAACGUCUUGCAUGCGCGCGUCGUUAUAUAGAGCGGACGCUACCAUCCAGGUGAAACAAACUAACGUCACUUUGCUGCAUCUCUUGCAUUACUUGUUUCUGUGUGUAGGCUGCUCAUAGAGUCUUUAUGGACACCAGCAGGCCAUCUGCUAACCCAACAUUCCGUCCCUCGUUCAUAUAUUCAAAUCUUAAAGCGAACGUUGGUUUUGUUGAAAAUUUAAUAAACUGAUAGUCAAAUACCUCCUACAAGACAGUCAGAUGGACUGUCCAAACCCCUGCCCGCCAGUACAGACGGUUUCGAAACGCUCAGUACGAAGGCCUGCUAGCACUCCUCGCCAGUCUUUCGCACCUAACGAACCCGAAAUACUCUCCAAAAGACUUUAGCCUUAGCCCUCUGCCCCUUCAAAAGACGCCGCACCCCGCCGACGUGCUCAUGGUUUUGCGUUCUCCCUGUCCUCGGCGUCCCCACGAUGAUACAUGACUUCUGAAUGCCUUGAAAAUUCACGGGUACUACUUAAUCCUUCAAGGGGGCCUCCCACUGUUCUUCAAGAAACUCGGAAUGCCUAUUGCCGCUAUUCAACGAAAUGCAAGCCCAGUAAAGCCUGUGAUUAGGGGGGGGGAAGAAUCCAUCUGAGGUAAAUAUGCCUUUUGCUCGGAUUUAUCGCCUGGGAGUCGUGUUUUCGUCACCAUCGGCAGUUGACAUCUCAGGUACUUUAAACAAGUCCAUGUCAAUUCUGGACUGGAAAUAUAUCACUACUAUUUGAUUUAUUCUCCGAUGUCUCACGCUUACGCUCGCCACACUAGCUAUAAGUGCUUCUAAAAUGGAAAAAAAUUCCAUUUGGUGCCUGCGCGGUUAUUUCAAUUUCGAGAUAGAACUGGAUUUUUGAUGUUUUGUUUGCAUCCUCCGACCUUACCCCGGACAUAACUUCCAGUAAAGUGAUUAUUUGGCUUUAAAAUUCCAAUAUCUUCGUCAUACAAUCACACAGCGUCUUAGAAGACCCACCCACCUUAUUAAAUCCAGACGCUUCCAAAGUUAUUGAAACAACCUCCUCACUUCAACGUCUACUUCUACGUCUAUAGUAUUUGGUUUUUUGCCCGACUAACAAUCAACCAAGUGGUAUUUGCAAGUGUGCAGACCUGAUUAUGGUUUGCUGAAAUGGUCAUUCGCUCAUACUAAACCAUUUAAUUUAAAAAAAAGUUACCUACGUUCCGGCUGCGACGUCAUCUCGACAAACACUUACCAAGCUGCCCCACGGACGCUUGCUGAGGCUCUCAACGUGGAGGUCGUGGUUGCCGAAGCCCUGAUGAAAAAGGCUGUAAGCCUGGCCAGACGUGCAGUUGAGGAAUUUUGGAAGGAAUACAAAGAGUUCUUACGCAAGGAGGAGGCAGCACCACAGACGGUUGUGCGGCUCUAUCCCCUGAUUGCUGGUUCCCUUGGUCCCUACGCAAUACUUUUGGUAAGCGUCUUAACUCGCUGGAGUCAUAGAACAGUUAGAAUCACAAUCUUUUUUAUUAUGACCCAUAACUGCCUUACUUCUCACAAGCGCAGUAGUAAGUAAUGAGAGCGAAAUAUCGGCGGUUUAUUACCCAAAAUGCCGUCCUUGUUUAACCAAUAAAGCAAGUGCUGUUUUUCCUUCGAGCUUUUAGUCUUUGCAAUCCACAUUCCACACUAAGUCUGCGCCAGAUCUUGCGGUGCUGUGUCAGAGGCAGGGUCGCAAACUGAACAACCUGUUUUAAGUUCUAAUCGUAUGGGAGCUCGCUGGCUAAGAACUUUGUAGUCGAGUAACCAGCACGCCCAAUGUCCAUUCAAUCCUCUUUUGAUUUUUAAAUUUAGCACGACGGAUCUGAAUACACGGGAGCGUACGCAGAUCACAUAAGCCUCGAGGAGCUCAUCAAAUUUCAUCUCGAGCGCGCUAAGAUACUCGUGUCAGCCGGAGUUGAUUUACUCGCCUGGGAGACCAUUCCUGCCCUCAUCGAAGUACAAGCCAUUGCGGAGGUGAUGCGUCAACUACCUCAAGAUACUGUUGCUUGGUUGUCAGUGUCGACCUCCGAUGGACAGACAACCGCACACGGCGAGCCUUUGCAUAAGGUGGCGGCCAUUGUAAACUCAUGUGACUCGGUAAGAUGCGAGUUCUGUUUCCAGGAAUGUUGCCGCACUUAUCUUCACUCAUAGUGCAUCUGGAUCUGACAAAGGAUGGCAGUUGUAUUUUAACCAACAGUUAUUGUGAAGUACAUAAAAUAAGGAUUAAGGACAGGAGAAAUAUGAGCACUCUGCCUCAAACGAUUGCAUAUUCCGUUGGAAAUUUCCGGUUCUCUGCUGGACAGCAUGCGGUGAAACCCAUGACGCAUUGGCUGAAAAGUUUGACUAGAAAGAAUUACUUAAGUAAAGUCGCAACAGUGAUUAGAGUACAAUGUGACUUCAGAGUAUUUCACACACACACUAGGAAUGACGGCCUUCGGUCGAGCAUUUUCCCGGCAUUCGAAAAAAUCCCGUUAACGUGACUGCUGAGCAGUGCACAGUUCGCCGGCCAGUAAUGCGUCACCAUCACACCAAUUCUUUCUAGAUGAAAUCACAUUUUGGAAUUUGUCUUACGGGUUUCGCUGCUUCAUGUAUUAUCCUUGACGGCCUUGAGUAGAAACCGCUUCCACGGGGGACCGACGGCAGCCCUAGCUACAUCACCGUUAUUGCCAGAUUUGAGUUCGGUGGCUCAGGUUCGAAUGAUAUGCAUGCCACGGCCGUGCACUGUUUACGGCAAAUGCGAGCCGAGACGUUCGAAUAAUUUACAGCUUAAUUACUGCAGCACAAGAAGGCAACGGGAGCGGAUUUCGUUUUCCUCCAAUCCUGUAGUCUUUCCAAGUCUUGAAUAACGUGCCAGAAAGGCACUGGAAAUUCCAAUAACUUUGAAGAUUAAAGAGGGACGUAGUCUAAGAAGACUGAAAUAAUUGUUGCGUCAGCCUCCCUUGUCGACUAUAGCUUCCCAACUGUUUUACGGGCGGGUAUGUGAUCACCAGCGCUUGAUUCCUAUUGCUGAUGACAGACAUUUCUCUGUACCAGAUAGCCAAACGGAGUUAUUUUCACACCUUGUUACGCCUGGCAGUCGCGUCUCUGUAGAUAUCCCACCGCACCACACAUAGGAUUAAGGUUGCUGAAGUAGUCGAUUUGUCAAUCAGCGGAUAAAUCAAACAUUUCUUUCUCCGUCUCGCCCAUCCCCCAAGAUAAUUGGCAUUGGCGUGAACUGUUUCAUCCCUCACGAAUUAAUUGGUCAGGCGCUUGCGAAUGUAGGUGGACUGGAGACCCUUCGCGACACGGUUCCUGGCAGUGACGAUGGCUACCACCCACACAGUGAGGCCCUUCAACUCAACGGGAAGCAAUCAAAAAUCCUCAUUGCUUACCCGAACAGUGGCGAAAUCUGGCUUAAGACACCGCUCCGGUCCUCCGGUGAGAGGCGCAAAAAACAGCGUGAACGCCCCCAACCUCUCGGUCACUGGGUGUGGCCCAAUAACUUCAGUCAGGGCGACUGGGCCCGUUCUGUGUCAAAGUGGUCUGUAACCCAGGCCAUGUUGGAACAAGAGAAACAGCCCGUCUCCCCCAACGAGCUUGCCCGCCGCUACGGGCUGGCUCAGUGGGUAGGUGGUUGUUGCCGAGUAAGGCCGGAAAACAUUCGCGAACUGGUGCAACUGAUCAAGUCCCCGGGCGGCGGCUCUUACCAACAGCACCCUACUUCAGGCCAUGAGGAUUUGCAGAAGAGGGAGACCUCAGAAAAUCUUCAGAGUGAGGAGGAACCCACACCUAGUACCAGUGGUGGAACGGAAGCACAGACACACGUUGUCGAAGGACGACGGCGAAGGAACCCAGAAAGCCCUCUACCUGGUCCGGUGAAGAGGUCAAGAUCAAAAACAGAAAGAGGCAGAAAGUGA